AUGUCGCAACAACCUUUUUGGCAAGGCCAGCCAUGGAACUAUCAACAACAAGAGGAAUCAGAAUACGUUGAUUACGAUGGCUCAAAUCAGUAUCUAUUAUUGCAAGCAGGACAAAUACCUCAACGAUACCUUCCACAAUUACCUACUGAUGUGCUUACCUUUGGUGGUCUGCCAACGCAAUUGAUAGGCGAACCGUUGUUGUAUAUAGACAAUUCUAAUCUGACUAUGUAUGAACAACUAGGUACAGGCUCCAUUCAGCAAGAGUACGAUGCUUUGUCUACUCCGCAAAACUCGCUUACGCAUCGACAACAACGUCAACAACAAUGGUUGUCGCAGUACCCGUAUUCGAGACAGCGUGAAGCACAGACACCACACGAAUUGUUUACGCCAACCAUGCAAUUUGAACACCAAUUUGAUCGACAGAACUCUGUUCAAGAUAUGCUUGGGGUUGUACCGAUCGAGCGAUCAGAUUAUGACCAGCUGCAGGUCUAUCCAGGAACGAGCAGUCCAAGUAUCUCUCGAUCGCAAGGAAACCAAGUUCCUGAACUGCAAACCGACUUUAAUCAACUCGGAAACGGAUUUCCAGAUCAACCUCCUCAGACGGAAACCGACGAGCUUGAGCGAUCUUCGCAAUCUCAAGCAACCAGUCAUCAACAGCGGGGAGAGUCGAAUAGUUCAUCCUCCAACAUUCUUAUCAAAUCUGGCAUUGCAAAAAUCACUGAUUUUGGUCUGUCUGGACAGAUGAUGUCUUCUUCCUUAGGUGAAGGCACUGCAGCAUACAGAGAUCCCUUGUCAUUUAGAAAUGAACCAUAUAAGCGCGGAAAGAAAUCUGAUGUCUUUAGUCUUGGUGUGUUGUUUUGGGAAAUUUCUAGUGGGCAGAUUCCUUGUAAAAAAUGGACCAAUAUGACAAAAUGCAGAGAAGAAGGUUAUUGA